ACGGCUAGUGACACACAGCAAUACCUGAGAAAACUGACCUUUCGAGGAAUAAAACAAUUUGGAACUGCUCUGAAAAAUGUUGAGCAUCUUGCCCAAGCAGAAAUACAAGAAAUGAUAAACAGGUGCAGAGAACGAAAUGGAGUCUCUUUUGACCCGUGGGAUGACCUGAAUCAAUAUGUCAGCAACGUGAUAUUGGUUUUGGUUUGUGGGCAAAGAUUUCAACCUGGCCAUAAGACACUGGAGAUUUGUCAGAAAAUUUCAGAUGCCUUUGAUGUCCUUUUACUCCAGAAGAACCAGUUUCUCAUUGACAAUGUCCCGUUGAGUGUGACGCUGAUACCGCAAAUCAGAAACGCUUGUCAGUCCAUGAAGGAUGGUUACCACUAUUUUACCGAAACUGUUGACAAAAUAAUACAGGAAUCCAAGGAUACGACGCCCAACUGUCUCUACACUUUGCUUUUACAAGAGCAUGCGGAGGGAUUGAUAUCAACGGAAAAUAUAAAAGGUGUUCUGGUGGAUUCGGUGCUUGCAGGUGUUAUCACAACAAAACCAACCAUGUACAAUGCCCUAGCUGCAAUGGUAAACUUCCCUGAGGUCCAGAAGAAGAUCGAGGAGGAGAUCCAGAGAGUGGUUGGAAAGGACCGACUUCCUGGUUUUGAGGACCGGAACAAAAUGCCCUACAGUAAGGCUGUGGAAUUAGAAAUAUAUCGCUAUUACACUCCUGUCGGUGCAGCUGGACACUACCCGAGACUGCAGCUAUACAGAUUCUUGGACGAUAAUGGCGACCUUCUGCCACCGGAGAAUGAAAAGCGUCAGAGGCUGUUGACGUUUGGUGUCGGAAAGCGUUCUUGUAUCGGUGAGAAGCUGGCCCGAGUUAGGAUAUUUCUUGGACUGACGUCGAUCCUGCACAAAUGCGAUCUAGCUCGUGAUCCGUCGGAGUCUUUCCCUUCAUCCGACCCAAACACAUACGAGACUAAAUUUAUCUUACAACCACCUCCAUACAAGCUGCAGUUCAAUCCUAGACAUUGA